UAUUGAAUCAUAUGACUUUCUAUAUAUUGAUUAUGAACUGAAGGAGUUACUGUUGCUGUAAUAAAAGAAACGUAAUUUGUGCAAGCCAUGCCAUUGCCAGGAGGGUAAAGAAAUUAAUGUAGUGGGGGGGUUUCCAUGGUGAUGGAAUGCGUCAAACAAAGUUUCGCGACAGACACACCGUUUCUUUACAUGGACAGGCUGCGGAUACAUUGUUUCGGAUAGCCAGGUAAGUCCGCAGGAGGGAGAAAUGUAUAAAGUUGACCUGCCAGUGGAGAACUCGGCGGCUUUAGCGGUGGAAAGCCGCAGGGCUGCCGAAGAGGCCCGAAGAAGCAGGAUCUUUAACGCCAGGACUCGGGUCAUAGGUUUGGACCUCCAAGGUCUGGAUUGGCAGGUAGCCGAGAAGAAAGAACGGCAUGGUGUAGAGAGGGAAUGCCAAAAAGCGUAUGACAUCCUGCGCGUGACAAACGAUCAAAUGCUGGAGCGAGGUCAGCGCGAGGAGGAGGAGAAGAGACGCCAGCUGAUGGAGGACGUGGUGCGUUUCCGCGCCACGCACCAACGCCCGGAGGACUCUCGUGAUGCAGACCUGCAGUUUGACCCCCAGGGGACGCGCGUGUUCAUCCCCCAGGGCAAGAUGGGGGCCGCCAGCAUGCGAGUGUUCCAGGGUGAGGACCUGGGGGAGAAAGAGAGGAAAAAAGCCCAAAAAAAGGAGACGGAGCGACAACUGAGAGCCCAGAAGGAGGACGCGGAGAAGCAACGCCAGGCGCACAAACAUCAAGUGUCGCUGCAGGAUAAGUACCUAGUGCAUCAGGACCUGCGGUCGGCUCAUCUGCAGACGCUGGAUGAGGAAGCCAGGAGAGCUGAGCGCCUCGCUCUCGCUAGCUUCAACCAGGCUCUGGCGCAGCAGCGUGCGGCCAAAGAGCGCAGCGAGCGCGAGCUGGACGAGGGCCUGUGCAUGAGAGAGAUCAAGCACAUGUUGAGCUCCGACAUCCUGACCGGGAGACCAGAGGCCUCCAACACGCCACUAGGGGGCGUACUGUCCGACCGCUGGAGAGGCAUGACACCAGAGCAGCGCGACGCCAUACUGAGGGAACAGGAGCAACAGAGGAAGGAGAAGGAGAGGCGCAGGCAGCAGGAGCAGCAGCGUGAGCGUGGCUGGGAUGAGCAGCGCCUGGCCCAGGCCCGGGCCCUGGAGGAGCAGGAGAGGAAGAGCAGGGAGGUGGAGCGCCUCCAGAGGAUCCAGAUGGACAAGCAGAACCAGCAGCUGGCUCAGGAGCAGCGAGAGUAUCAGCAGUAUCUGGACAAGCAGCUGUAUCGCAACCAGCCCAACGCCCGCUACUUCACCCAGUUCAACACCAGCACCCGCUGAUCAUGGAUGCAGCACACACACACACACACACACACGCACACGCACACACACACACACACACGCACACACACACACACAAACACACACACACACACACACACACGCACACACACACUCAACAAUGCCCACCCCUCAGCAGCUGUAUACACCAACCAACCUCAGUGACCUACUGCCAGUUAUUUUAUCAACACCAGCUGCCGCCAUUGACCCUCACCGAUCAAAAGUGCCUUACAGUAUACACACAAUAGAUGCAUUAACAAAGAAGCCUUUCUCAGAGUUACGUAAGAUACCCUACAGUAUACCCAAACAAACAAAUGCCUAAACAAACAACAAUAAAAAAAAAGCUUUUCGACUUUCAA